CGCGGCUCACGGCGGCGGGCGGGCCGGUGGCGACAGACGGACGCAUCGAGGAAGGCAGCGGCUGUGGCACCCCCGAGGCCCCCCUAGAGGCUCCGCCCCGUCCCCCCUCGCCCGGCCCCGCAGGGAGCGGCCGGCCCCCCGCGCCACCAUUGCCUCGCACGGCAAGGAGGACCUGCUCGCCGUCGCCGCCCGGCUCUGGCAGCGGAGGCGGCGGCUGCUGGCCGCCGCUGGGCUCGCCCUGGCCAUGACCGUCGCCCUGCUCGUCGCCUUGCCCCUGCUGCUGCUGCAGGCGCCAGCCGAGAGCGGCGCCCACUACGAGAUGAUGGGCACCUGCCGCAUGAUCUGCGACCCGUACAGCGGCGGGCGGCCGCCCGGCCCCGGCAGCACCGCCGCCGUGGAGGCCCUGCAGGACCUGGGGGCCAACCCCCCGCCGCCCUUCGUUCAGGGACCCAAGGGGGAGCCGGGCCGGCCGGGCAAGCCGGGGCCCCGCGGACCGCCCGGGGAGCCUGGUCCGCCGGGUCCGAGGGGCCCGCCGGGGGAGAAGGGAGACGCUGGGAAGCCGGGGCUGCCCGGGCUGGCGCUGGCGGGCGCAGGCGGCGGCGGGAGCGGCGGCGGGGCGGCGGCGGGCGGCGAGACGGCGGGCGGGCUGAGCGCUGCCUUCAGCGGGCCGCGCAUCGCCUUCUACGUGGGGCUGAAAAGCCCCCACGAAGGCUACGAGGUCCUUAAGUUCGACGACGUGGUGACCAACCUGGGCAACCAUUACGAUCCGACCAGCGGCAAGUUCACCUGCCAGGUGCGCGGCAUCUACUUCUUCACCUACCACAUCCUCAUGCGCGGCGGCGACGGCACCAGCAUGUGGGCCGACCUCUGCAAGAACGGGCAGGUGCGCGCCAGUGCCAUCGCCCAAGAUGCAGACCAGAACUACGACUACGCCAGCAACAGUGUGGUGCUGCACCUGGAUUCUGGCGACGAGGUGUAUGUCAAGCUGGAUGGAGGAAAAGCUCACGGAGGCAACAACAAUAAGUACAGCACUUUCUCGGGCUUUCUUUUAUACCCUGAUUAGCACACAACAAGCAACGCAACACAACUGGCCCCACCACCGAUGUAUGUGGGGCUGUUUGGUGUUUCUGUACCGCUUCAUGGUGUCCACUGUCUCCGCAGGUUACUUCAGCUUCAUUAUUAUUUUGUAUGUUUUGGUUUAUUGGGUUUUCUUUUACCCCUGUGAAAACGAAAUAGAAGUGAAACAAAGCAAUCCUCUUCCUUACUCUCCCCCAUGUCCUCUGACCACCCUUUUUCUGUCAGCUUCAGCAUUUUGUGUGUUACACUAGGAACCCAGCAUCUUGAAACUCUCCAGUGGUUCCCAGAGGGUGUAAAAGAACCCAGAGUUCGGACUGUGCCGCACAUAGAAUUCAAACUGGUCACAUUUCUUCAUCAAUGAGAAUUAAUUAUGAUGAAUUUUCAGAUCAACUGUUCACAAAGUGGGACUGGACGAUACAUGGUUUUUCCUCUGCUGCUUUGUUUGUAUGGAGUCAAGUGUAAACUUUUCUGUGCAAUGCAACGCUCGUGUGAAUGAUGGUGUCACUAACGUCAAACUUGUUCAUGUCUGCGAAAGAAUUCAGUUGUUGACCACAGCCACCAAAAUAUAGCAUUAAAUUAUGUUUUUAGACAA